AGGCUAUUUUUAUGCGACUCCGUCGACGGCAGUGGUCAAAAGAAGUAUCCUGAAUAUUUUGUAAUAUAACCGAUAACGAUGCAGUGGAGGCGAUUUCUUCCAGAAUCUGCCCGAACGGAAGUGAUGGUUAGCGAUGUUUCCUGAAAUUUCUCGCACGGUUGCAUAAGGCAGUCAUGAUUGGCUGUCUAAGCGUUGCGAGUCCGACAAUUCGUGGGAAUAAUUACAAAACUCAUUUUGAUUCGUGAAGCGGUUUUGAAGGCGGUGCUUAUCCUAUGUUCGGUUUGCGCACUAACUGGUUGUUUUGGUAUAUAAGCCGCUGCGGUUCUGAGCCUGUGGUUAUUCAUGUGCCGACAUUUCUAGCGUUCUUCAACGACGGUGUUGAACCUGAACAGUAGAAUUUUCGCGCAUUUGAACAAGUUUCGGAUUUUUCUGACCAUAUCAAGCGUCUCCAAUCCGCCGAAGCAUUCAACAUGUCCCGCGCAUUAGUACGAGUGUUGCCGCGAUUCUUGCGGAAUGAGUUUCCGGAGUUGCGUUUGGUUAAUCGCACCCCGUUUGGCUACGGAUGGAUGUCGCCCAGUUUCGGAUCUCUGGAUCGCGAAUUCCGUCAGGUGGAAAACAUGAUGGAUCGUAUGCAGAGCGAUAUAGCGCGCUCCUUCAGCGAAUUCUUCCCGAACGGCGUGCAGUCGCAGCAACGUAGCUCCAUGUUCCGCCUGGUGGAGGAAGAUGGAAAGAAGAAAGUGCGAGUGCAGUUCGACGCCACCGGCAUCAAACCGGAAGACAUUGAAGUGAAGACCAGCGGUAAUGAACUGGAGAUCCGUGCACGACAGGAGGAGAAGGGCGAAUAUCACUCCAUCUACCAGGAGUACAGUCGACGGUUGACCUUGCCGGAGGGUGUCAAAGCCGAGGAAUUGUCGUGCAAAUUCGACGACGGCCUCGUCACCCUGGAAGCGCCCUACACGCCGCCGGCUAUUGAGGCCAAACCAGAAGAGGGUCAGACCGCUUUGGAAGGGGCGAAGGAGAUUCCCAUUAAACAUGAAGGGAAGAUUGACGCCACCAAACAGGCGGCCAAAGAAUAGAUCAUAGCGUGUGUGGUUUUUCUCAAUUGUUUAUCUCAUUUUUCACGCGGAUACUGAUUCUAUGAAUUGAUUAUUCCAGUGCUUUUAAUGAUGUUACUUUUUCACGAUGUCGGUAGCGAUUACCGUGUGGAAAGGUCAAAUGCUGAAUUUUAUUGAUUAGCCUGUAAUCAACUGUUUCGUUUUCUGAUGUUGUAAUCGCAGUUUUGCACAAUCAAUCGAUUAAUAAAAUUCUUGAGCAUUAA